AUGGCGCAACCGGCGGACAGUCUAGCUUUGGACACUGCGACCACCAAAACUUCGACCAAGACAUCAUCUGGCAAUUCGACGUUAUGGGAAAAGACCAAAGGAUAUUCCAGUACAGCCUACGAGAAAGCCCUCAAACCAGGCUUCAACAAAGCCUACGCAGUUGUUGACAAGCUGGGAGCCCCUGUCAAUCGCUUGUCGAAUAAGAUCGGCUCCGAAGCAUUCUGGCCUACCACAUUGGACAAGGAAUCAGAAAAGGCUGCUCGUAUUCUGCGUGGCUUCUGCAAAGACGGAUUCUAUGAGCAGAUAGAAGAGAAGGAGGCUAAAAAGGUGGAAGACCGGAAUGCGACAGCCGUGGGUGUCCCGCAGGGCAAACAGCGGGUAAUAAAAAAGAUUCCAGCCAGUGUCAUCAAAAAUGCCGUCGGCUUGGCUAUAUUCACAACCAUGCGAACCGGCUGGCUAUUUGGUGGCUCUGGCGGUGCUGGCGUUAUUGUCGGAAGGCACCCAGAGACGAGAGAAUGGAGCCCUCCUAGUGGCAUUCAGACUCAAAAUCUGUCGUUUGGUUUUCUCGCAGGGGUCGACAUCUAUGAUACAGUCCUGGUCAUCAAUACAUACGAAGCCCUGGGAGCUUUCACAAAAUGGAGGACUACCUUGGGAACCGAGGUCGGAGUUGCAGCCGGCCCCGUAGGAAUCGGCGGUGCUCUCGACAGCGAGGUGAUAAAACGCCAGGCUCCUAUUUGGUCAUACGUGAAGAGUCGCGGUCUUUAUGCCGGAGUCGCCUUGGAAGGGAACCUCGUCAUUGAGCGGACUGACGAAAAUGCAAAAUUCUACGGAGAACCGGUUAGCGUUACAGAUAUCCUUGUCGGCAAGGUGCGCUAUCCGCCAGUCGAGCAGUACCAGGUGCUUCUAGACACCUUAAAGGCGGCUCAAGGUGACGAAGUAGACGAGAGUUUGCUGCCCGAUGCACCAGCUCCGAGUGAUAUGGAGAUCAUUCCACCAGGAGGAGGUACCUUUGGCAUCCCGGCCGAAGAUGAUCCAGAUCCAUAUGGAGUGAAAGCCUUGGAAGCUGAAGGAUUGAAUAUCCGAGAGGCUGGAACCCACCAAAGGCCAAGUGCUGAUGCUUUUGAGUUCAAGCCGUCGCCCACCAGUCCAAUCUAUUCCCAUUUCUCACGCAGAAGCGUCGAUGGCUCAAUUCGGAGCCGGACGUGGAGAGAAAGCACUCACAGCCUAGCUAGUGUCGAUCGGGGUACCCAGACCGAUGAGGACGAAGCGAAAAGUGCCGGAAAUAGUCCUCACAGAGACUCUCUAAGGGGACUUGAACAUUCGAGAAAACACAGCCAACUCGUGGAUGACAUUGGUGAAGAGCGACACGAGCGAAGAGAAUCCUUUUCUGACGUGGAUUCUGAUGUCGAGGUCUCGACAGCUGUACCAGUCAUGGCCCGUGCGAGAAUGGUCGAAGUUCCUAAGCGUGUUCCUCCAGCAUUACCACCGCGGAAUCCUGGUCGGGUAGCAUCACCUACCUCAGAAACACAGACGCCCGUCGAUGGCUUUGACAAGAUUGACUUGAAUGGCAACGCCGAAGAAAAACAUGAGGGCGGCCACGUUCUGACGCCAACUUCCACGCAUGAAGCCACUGACUCUGCAUUCCAUUCCGUACCAGUGACGCCCACUGAGGAGUCAAAGGGGAACCCUAAUGAGAUACCAGGAUCUUUUCAAUGA